AAGAAGAAUACCUAAUCAUUAUUGCCAAUAGCUUUGAAUGAGUAUUUUGAUCACAUCGAUCCAGGAGCAUUACGGCGCUAUAAGAGAAGUAUGGCAACGCAUCCCAUUUUCUACACAGAGUGAAAAGUUGAAAAAUUCUCUAUGUCCAUGCUGCUCAAAGAUAUCGAAAUAUUUCCAUCCGAUAGAAUCAUUCUUCAGCUAACUCUAAAUGAAAAUAACUCCCAAAAAAUUUUUUUUAUCCUCUACUGUGUUUACUUGACCGGAAAGUGUUUUUCAAUUGAAUAUUUGAAUUCAUGUUUAUCCAUAUUCUAAUAAUUAAAUUUUUGUUGGGGGAAAUUUUCAGCAGCUCCUCAAAUUUUCUCCUGCUGAAUUGUGUUUUUUUUAAGCAAAGCAAAUGUUUUCUCUCAGUAAAAGCAAAAUAAUGUGCCGAUUGCGCGUGAUUUUUUAUUCCUUUUUUUUAUGUGAAACAUCUAUAGGCUCACUUGUAAACUGAAUCGUUGCCGUGGCGACGGGUCGCCACGCUAUACUAAGGUAUAGAUAUACAUAUUUUAUAUGUAGUAGAGUGUACGGUGUGGCUUCUCACUCAGUUCGACGUUGUUCUUUACUACGGUACACAUAACCUGCGUUUUAUUAAAUUUUUUAUUUCAAUUUUUGACGGUAAAAUAUGUGUGGUAGUGAUAACUUAGAAGAUCAAAGUGAUCAACCUUGUGCAAAGAAAGUGAAACUACACUGUGGCAUACUACCAAGUCAUCAAUGGCAGAGGCACUGAUGAUCUCCCUGAAAGAGCUAGUAGGGGUAGCAGCAGACACAGAGGAAGAGGAUGGAGUUUUGGAUCAGUUGAAAUUAUCCGCAGUCUCGAGUCUGCCGGUUGGGUGUCAAGAGCGUCAAAUACGCAAAUUGUCCUUUGCCGAGCUCUUUGGUGAGGAUGGUGUGGUGGACACCUUACUCCUGUGGAAAAUCGAGUUCGCACUCCCCACAGUGAAGGUGGCUAGGGCAUUUGAUCCGGAAGCAUCGGGGCUGAGUGACGACGAAUUUCACAACUGCAAGGCUACGAUGCUCCGCUGGCCCUUCUGUAGAGCCUUGAUCAUUAGCCCGCCAGUAUUAGUGAAUCGGAUCUGGGGCUCCAAGAUUGAAGUCCAGCAAUUCCUAGACCUUUUAAAACCGGUGAGGCAUCUGUUUGUCUCCGCCUCUGAGGCGGACAAAACCUUGAAGCAGGGAAGGCUGAAAAGAGAGCGACCUCCCUCAGAGGAAGGGCAGGAGGAGGAUGACCGUCCAGUCAAACGCUCGAGUCUAGCGGCCUUGGAGAAGCGGAUGACUUCGCUUUUCGCGACACUGCUGGACAAGCUAGAGGAGAAGGACAUUCAGCCCAGGGAGGACUCGGGGGACGCGAGGCAGGACAAGGAGAACCUCUCAGACUCCCCGUCGGAAGUUGAGGAGGAUAUGUCAGAGGAGGAGGAGCCCUCAACCCUGCACCCUUUGUUCCAAGAACCAACAGUGGAAAAUACUGGUGAUAGUGUCUUUCUGGACCCACAGGUAAAGGAAUGUGAUCCCCUAAUUCCCGAGCCAGAUUCUGCGCUUAAAGCUCAGGGUAUCAGUUGCCAGAAACUGAAUUCCGCGGCGUGGAGUCGAAUCCGGUACAAGGAGGUGCAGAAGAGACUUCAGGCAGCCCCAGUGUUUGACACGCUCAAGAUCAACAGUGAGCUACGCUCCAUCGCCCCAAAAACAUCUACCCAGAGCUUGCUUGGGAGAUUUGAUUCAAUGACGGGCACCUUUGCACACGGCUUGAUGUUACAGCGGAAGAGGUUAUCGGAAGCUCUUGAUUCGCUGCUGAAGAAGCACCCUCAAGUAAAAAAUGACGUAAAGGCAUUAUUUAACAAGGAUUCAGGGGUUCAAUCAGUCUCCGACGACUUACUCCAUUUCACCUGUGCACGAAGGGCGGAGAUAUUCGAGCUCAGAAGAAAUCCAUUCAAAGCUCUCGACCCUGGCCUGGCAGCGAAAUUGGCAGAGAUUCCCCCGUCGGAAUCACAUCUAUUCCAGCAGAAGCAGCUGUCAGAAUGUCGGACUCAGAAUGGAGGUGUGAAAAAGAUUUUUGCACAAAGCAAAGAGUUUUUUCGGGAACAACUUCCAAGUUUUCCCCUUAAGGAAGCGAGCAAUAAUUACAGAGCCCGGAACAAUACAACCUUCACGCCCCACGCGAGUAGGGGUCGACCGAGACCUGCUCACCCGCCCUCUCGCAAGUCAGGAGUUCCAGGAGGAGGAAAAGAUCGUCUGCCCAAAGCAGAGGCUCCCAAAAGACACCAGCGCCGGAGAGCAUGA